UGCACGCAAUAUCAAGCAGGUGCUGACCCAGCCCCAGAUUCGCGUUCGUAUGGAAAACUCCCCGGGUGGCGCGCUCCGGCCUCAGUUUCAGGUCCAGAGCGAGGCCUGCCCACGCGAUGGUCCAAAGGUGCCUUGUCCAUUAGCCUCGCCGGGGAGGGCGGAGUCGGCGGCGGAGAGCUUCGCGUGUUGCGUUCCGCAACUCGUAAACCAGUGUUCAACAUUGGUCUGCCGGCGCUCGCGGACAGCGGUGUGUGGAGCAUCAGCGAUAUACAGCACAUUCACCCGUCAGUCUCGGCGCGGACACAUGGCAUCUCUCUCCGCCUCACAGGAUGUAAAGUGUUCGAGGAACCACAACCAACAGGCUCGAUGCCAGCCGAGAUCUCACGUUCCAGGACCCAGCAGGAGAGUACAACCAGCAGUGCCAGCUCUCAGGGCGCCAUGAGCCCGCCAAAGACCUUCAUGUCGGUACCGUUUGGAAGGAAACGUCAGCCGAGUGACGGCUCCCGCCUCUUCGGCAUGAUCCCCAUGACUACUCGCGCCCGAAGCAAGACAAUAUCAGCAUCUGAAGUUGGUUCUCCGACUCCGUCCUCUGAAGCGCCGCCGCCAUCUGCCGUCCCAUCUCCCCCGCCGCUCGCGCCAACGACUCAGCUCUUCCAGCCCCAGGAAGCAGGUGAGCAAGAAUUGAUGCUCUUUCUUGCCUUCUCGAGUCAGCGGAUCAAGGACGAGUGGUAUGCCAUCCUUCGCUCGCUUGCGCGCAUCCCUCUUGAGGAUGGGCGCCAGAUGCGCUCCCACCGGCGUCUUCGAAUUGCUGUCCUGGACAUUCAAGAGGCGCAGGCGAGCCACAUGCCCAUGCCCGACCUCGACGGCAGCAGCUCGCAGCAAGACGGCAGCAUUACGAGUGACAGUCGGCCUGUAAAGUCGCCAAGUAAGCGGCGAGAUGCGGACAUGAAACGCGUCAACUCCAAACCGGGUUGGUCGUGGAAGGACCAAAUUCGGGUUGAACUGCUUCUGGAUGACCGACUCGUAGCUCGCACUGGCUGGACCAAGGCGACAGAGGGGGGUGCCACACCCUUCUGGGGCGAGCAGUUCAAUCUAACAGAGGUUCCCCAUUUCACUACGUGUUCCUUGCUUCUCUUGCGGCAGAAAAAGGACAAGAUUUCGGUGCUUUUCGGCAAGGUUGACCUUCCACUCGUGUCAUCCUUCACGAAAGCCGCCGACGAGCGAUACCCUGUCCGCUCAGUAACUGGGAACAUUAUCGGCGAGAUCCGACUCACGGUUUCCUAUCAAGAGGUCAACGUAAUCUCGCUGGCAGAGUACAACUCCCUGCAGCUGGCGCACUCGGGCAAUGCGUCAAAGUUCCUCUACGUCAUGGGCGGCCGCGGUCAGAUGGAGGGCACGAUGGAGUAUCUGUGCCGUAUUGCGCUGUGCGAGGGCGCUCUCAUGGACAGAGUGCGAGAUACUGCGACGAUAGAGGCGAGGAGUGCGGGCACCACCCUAUUCCGCAGCACCACGCCGCUCUCAAAGACACUAGAGGUCCUCAUGCGCAUGAUGUGCUCCGAUUUUCUCCAGGCGUCUCUGGGGCCGACAAUCAAGCGCGUCAUGCGCGAGAGCAUUGAGCCCCGUCUCUUCCAGCCAGGUUACAGUGACGAAAGCGAGCCUGUUCUCAACUUCCGCGUACUGGGCGUUAUGACAGAGCUCAUCCAGACUUGCUGGGCGAACAUGUACGACAACCGUCACCUGUUUCCGAACUUUAUCCGCCAUAUCCUAGCACACCUCUUCCGGAUGGUCAAGGAGUUUCACGACGACGGCGACGAUUUGCUGCGUUACAAGGCCGUGUCGAGCUUUGUAUUCUUGCGGCUGAUCGGGCCGGCGCUCAUGUCACCACACCUUUUUGGACUGGCCAGCUCGCUUCUCGAACCAGCACAGCAGCGCACCCUUACGCUCAUCGCAAAGGUGCUGCACACGCUCGCGUUCUUCUCGGACAAAGACCUGGUGCGGCACGCGGACCUCGCGUUGUUCAAGGUCUUUAUUCAAGCCAACAACGACGUCAUGAUCGACUAUCUGGUGUCACUAGCCACGCCAGCGGGCGACCACGAGGCUGGUGCCAACGUCUCCCCCGAGGUUGAGCGCCUGCUCACCGCACGUCGCAAACUCGUGCCAACCUUCCAUGCUGAGGCCAUCCCCCAUCUCACCGCUGCGGGCCCGAUAGACCUGAGUGCCGACUGGGCCGUGUGCUGCGAGACGUGGUAUGAGAAGCGGCAGCAUCCUGGCGCAAAGCUCACGACGCUGCCAACUGUCGUCGCGGAGCUUGGCGACAUCGCCGACUUGAUGGAGAAGUACGACGACUUUCUGGACCGGAUCCACUCGCUCGCAUGCCCGCCAGACCCCAUCCAGUUUGAUCUGGGCGUGGACGACGUGGCCGGCCUCCCCAGCCGCCUUGUGCGCGAGCCGUCCGAUGAGCUCGACUGGGGAUCUCGCCCGUCUCUCAAUCUCUCCAUCUCCACUACGCCGAGCUCGGAGGACUCGCAUCCCGAUCGCACGUACAUGUCUGCGCCGAGGAGAUGUCACAAGCCCGAUCUCUCGAUCGAUACCAAGGUUUGCGUGGUUCGGCGCCCCGCUGAGCCCUCGUCGUCCGACGACGACUCCCCGACGACGGCACGCCAAACGCGCGUCCCACGCCCGCGCACUCCCGCGUCUCCUGCCCUCCGCCGCCUCGACACGCCUGCCAUAGCUCUGCCGCCACCGCUCCCGACAUCGCCACUGUCACCGAGGAAGGAAAAGGGAGACACGCAGCGCAGCACGCGACGCCGACGCCCUACGCUGCCGAGCUUCAAGCUUCUCGGGCGCUCUGAGCCUCCACCCCCCGUGCCACCGCUCAUCUGGCAGGCGGGUUUGGGUCCCGCCGAGUUGAACCGCAGCUAAGGAGCCACAAGCAAGCCACGAUCCAGAUACGAGCCAGAUACGAGCCAGUCACGAGCCAGGUGCUAGAAGUACAUACAUGACAC